UGUCAAAACUUGCAAAAAAGCUUGAAAUCGCAAACAUAGUAGCUGCAAAGCUAAGUUGCAGAAAGCAUUCACUAAAUACCACAUUCGACCUAGCGAUUAUCCACUUUAACUGGUUUGUUAUGACGUAAAAAGUGACACUUGUGUCAAUUUUAAUAUUGUCGAUGGUGGAGUUUUUGGAAGGAAUUUUGAAAUAUAACAACAAAAAUGGCAAACUGGAAUAAAGGAAGUUCAGUUCCAGACACCGAGCAGAUAAUGGAAGCGGAAAACAACAGACUUGCCGACCAACUCGCAAGCAAAGUUUCAAGGCUUAAAAUGAUAUCACUUGACAUGAAAGACGGUGUGGAAGAUGACAAUACUUAUCUGGAUGGAAUGAACUCUGAUUUUAUGAGCACCACCGGUCUAUUGGGAGGCUCAGUCACUCGGUUUUCCAAAAUGAUGGAUUCUGGUCGUGGGAAUCGUAAACUAAUGUGCUACAUCAUUGCCUCCCUUGUUGUUGCUUUCUUUAUAUUGUAUUUUAUUCUUACAAGGUCCAAAACUUGAAGAUCAUUUCUGAUGAAUUUUAUUACCUAAUACAUAACAUGCCAGUACUAUAAUAUACGCGUAACUGUAUAAUAUAAGCCAGAAAUUACAUUGUUUUGGAAACCAGUAUAUUUGUGUACAACAUAGGAGUAAUGUGUAGGGUGUUAUCCAGAUAUUUUAAACACAAACAGCACAAGUGAAAAACGAAUGCCAUCUUUUAUUUUUAUUUAUACUUAAGCAUUGUUUGUGUCUAUACAGUGAAUGUUACUUAUAUAGGUGUUGCUUUUUAGAAAAUAUGACUUAUAUUACUUUUGUUAGGAAUGCAACAGUUGUUUUAUCAUUUGUGUUUUAACAAGUUUGGAUAAGACACUUCAAAAUAGCCAAUGAACCUACCAUGAUAGUAGUGUGUAGAAUGGCUUAGUAGUUAAAGUUGGUAAUUAACCAGUGCACUUAUUAUUGCAAUAAAAGUCAAUACAAAAAAUGUAUUU